AUGAUCAUUUCUGCAUUGGCAAAAGACAUCCAUCCAGCUACCGACGUUGAGGUCUACUUCUGUCGCUCUCUGGGCUUCUCUCUGACUCUCAUCGCCUUGAUUGUCUUGUUCUUCACGGGCUCGAUACCAUUGUCGUCCAGCAUCAGCGAGCCCGUCAGUCUGGAAGACAAUGACCCUAAGGCGCCCUACGCCGUGCCAAUCCUCCGCAUCACGACCAUGUUCCACGGUCUGAGCACGAUAUACUGCUACAUGCGCUACAUGAACUUCGGCCAGACAGGCUACAUGCUCGGUGCUAUUGGGUAUGGGGCAAUAGGCAGCUUAGGACUGUGGUGUGUCAUAUUUGGGACGUCGGGUGGUAGGAUAUCCAAGAGGACAGGGGCGGACAAGCGUAUGACUGGAUUUCCAUUCAAGAACAUCAUGGCUUAUGACAAGAAGAAGGACAGGAAGAUGGGUUGA